GCCUGCCAGGGUGAGACGGGGCGGGCAGCCGCUGAGGAGACGCGCCUCUGCUGUGCCGUCUGUGAUGGAGCUGUGUGUGCACAUGGGUGUGCAAGACAUCGAACCAGUGCAGGGGGCGCGACUGGACUUAAAGGCAGAGAAACCCAGAUGCGUCGCUCCUGUGUUCUCUUUCUUAACGCGUGUGUGUCUGAUUGUGCCCACACAUUCGGAAUCUCGCGAGCGUGUCUUAAAUACUCGCCAGUGGAGUAGCCUCUGGACGCCAAAGGGAGGGACAGUCAGAGGUGGCCAUGAGCCCCAGGGAGUGACGGCGUCCGGCCCAAGGGGCUGUGUUCGCUAAAGGAAUGUUCUCUUCCUUCCCCCCGCAGGUCCCGGCUGCAGGAGCCACUAUGUCAAGGGAAGUGAGGAGGCGGCAGCGACCUGGAUGUCCUCCAGGAGUCCCCCGGGUGGGAGACUAAGGUUCCUAGCCAGAAAUUGAGGGGAGCAGUUCAAGAAGAGACUUAACUCACAGCAUCGAGGGUACUGGCCACUCCCAGGAAGAGAAAAAAAUGAUCAAGGACCAGGACCUGCUGACCCUGGAGGAUGUGGCCGUGCGCUUCACCUGGGAGGAAUGGCGGCUCCUGGCCCCCGCGCAGAAGGCCCUGUACUGGGAGGUGAUGCUGGAGAACUACAGCCACCUGGUGUCUGUGGGGUUUCAAGCCAGCGAGCUGCAGGCACUCUCCACUCUGACGCGAGGAUGCCCGUGGACAGUGGACAGCGAAAGGCCCGCUCGGGUGCGUCCAGGUAUCGAGAAAGUUAACGGUCACCUACAGGGACGCUUGCAACAUCAAAGAUGUCCAAAGAGAACAGAACAAUGCCCUAAACAUACUACACUGGGAAAUGUUGUUCAUCGGAAUAAAAGUAAUUUUCCUUUCAAGCAAAAUCAUCAUAUAUUUGACAUACAUGGAAAUAGACUGAAAUCAAAUUUCAGUUUAGCAAACCGGAACAGAAAUAGUGACAUAAAAAGGUUGGUUGAGAUUAAUGGAGAUGCAAAAUUCUUUCAUGCAAAGCAUGAGCCAUUUCACACUGAAGUUAAGUUUCCUGAGUGUGGAAAUACUGUGAACACAAAUUCACAAUUGGUUAAGCAUCAAAGAGCUCAGCAGAUAGCUAAGCCCCAUGUAUGCAAGGAGUGUGGGAAAGCCUUCCUCAAGAAGUCUCACCUUGCUGAUCAUGAGAGAGUUCACACAGGAGAGAGACCUCAUGUCUGUGGUAAAUGUGGGAAAGCUUUCUCCAGAAAGUCCAGGCUGACUGAACAUCAGAAAACCCAUUUAAGAGAGAAACAGUACAACUGCUCUGACUGUGACAGAGCCUUCCCCAAGAAGUCACGGCUCCUUACUCAUCAGAAAACGCACACAGGAGAGAAACCCUAUGUAUGCAAUGCAUGUGGAAAAGGCUUCAUCAAGAAGUCUCGGCUCGUUAAUCAUGAGAGAGUUCACACAGGAGAGAAACCUCACGGAUGCAGUCUCUGUGACAAAGCCUUCUCCAGGAAGUCUAGGCUCACCGAACAUCAGAGAACUCACACAGGGGAGAAACCUUAUGAAUGCCGUGAAUGUGACAAGGUGUUCCGAUGGAAAUCACAGCUCAACGCACAUCAGAAAACUCAUACAGGAGAGAAGUCGUACAUAUGCAGUGACUGUGGAAAAGGCUUCAUUCAGAAGGGCAAUCUCAUUGUCCAUCAGCGAACUCACACUGGAGAGAAACCUUACAGAUGCAAUGAAUGUGGGAAGGGCUUCAUCCAGAAGGGUAAUCUCCUUAUACAUCGACGCAUUCACACUGGGGAGAAACCUUAUGUAUGUACCGAAUGUGGAAAAGGCUUCAGCCAAAAAACUUGCCUCCUAUCACAUCAGAGAUUUCACACUGGAAAGACGCCCUUCAUAUGCACUGAAUGUGGAAAAUCCUGUUCGCACAAGUCUGGCCUCAUUAACCAUCAGAGAAUUCACACCGGAGAGAAACCGUAUAACUGCAGUGACUGCGGGAAAGCAUUCAGAGAUAAGUCAUGCCUCAACAGACAUCGGAGAACCCACACAGGAGAGAGACCCUACAGGUGCUCUGACUGUGGGAAAGCCUUCUCUCACUUGUCAUGCCUGGCUUACCACAAGGGAAUGCUGCACGCAAGAGAGAAACAUACAGGCUCAGACAAGUUGGAAAAUCCUUUCUCUAAGAGGCACAACUCAUCACAUUCAAGUGAUGGCAUAGAGAAGAAGAACCCUGCUGUGGUGGCUGUGCAGACGCCCACAGUGGCAGCCCAGAUGUCACGCGUCAGCAGGCUCCCGGCAGAGGACAACACAGCUGUCUCGGGCCAGCUGCUGGUCAGGUGUGCACCGUCAGCAGGUAACAGAAUCUGCACAGAAGAGAAACCUCCUGGAUGCAGUGAGUGUGGCAGUGCCUUCAGUGAUCAGUUAGGCCACAUUUUGUGUCACACAAAACACUCAGGAAUACAUGGUGAUACAGUCAAAGUGGACAAUCCUUGAAUAAAACCUCUAGCUCCUUGUAUGGCCAACGAGUGUCUACUGAGCGAAAUCGCGUGGAUGCAGAGACUGGGAGAGCCUUUGUGGAGCGCUAGGCUCUGUCCAUGCAUUCCAGGUCCCGGACCAUCCGUGAGCUCACACGGUAGAAAUACAGUGACCAAGGAAGAGUCCUUUUCCCCGGGAAUAGGACCAGUAGGGGCCAGAGCGCCCACACCCCGGGGGAACUGUUGGGCCUUUGAAGGCGAUGGAAGUUGCAGGAUUGUUUAGUGGUAUAGUCUGGCUUAUCCCUUGCCACAUGGAAAUAAAACUCUGGACCCACUAACUGUGGAGCAUCUCCAGCAAAAUUUCAAAAAACUUGUGAAGCAAAGAAGCUUUAUGAAAAUGAAGACGGGGCCUCCCUGGUGGCGCAGGCGGUUGAGCGCCACACUGUGAAGCUGUCCACAGCCUCUGCAGUCUGGGUUUGAUCCCGACUGGCCGGCGACAUACCCACAUGGUGUGGCAGGCCUCUCCUGUCUCGCCCGCUGCUCCCCUUAGCAGUGUAUUUCAGUCACUCUGCCUGUUCUGUUUCCUGCUCUGUCUCUGGUGAAUCCUCUCACCCUCCUGUGCAUCCGGCCUGUACUCCGGUUCUUGUAUAAAUAAAUAAAUCUUUAAAAAAAUAUGAAAAAAAAAAAAAUGAAGACGGAGUGAUUUCUAACAUCACACGUCAGAAAGUCUACCAGGUGUACACUUUCGGACACUAGACCUUGGCCCAGACUUCUACCUGAGACAUGUCCCUGACUCCUUAAUUCAAAGAACAAGAUCUGUGUCGCAUGUGAGUUAUAACUUGAUGCACACACCCCUUGGGAGUGAGGGGAGGAGACAGACAGGAAUCUUCUCUUCCCACACGGGAACAUCAUAUGAUGAGCUCUUGCAUUUCUUUGGGUCAAAAUGUAUUGUCUGUUAUUUCAGACUCAUGAAGUCCUCCCAAAGGAAUCUGAAUGAAUUUAAAGCACUCACGUCACAUGAUACCCGUGGACGUGUUUAAACUUAUAAACAGAAUGGACCCUAAGGACCAGUGCAAAGCUCAAGUUCCGGGCCUCCCUGGUGGCGCAAGGGCUUAAGUCUCAGCACUGUGAAGUUCUUGGCAGCCACUGCAGCAUAAGGUCGAUCCCCGGCCAGGGAGCUGACCCACAUGUUGCAGCAGACCUCUCCUGUCUCCCCGCUGCUCCCCUCAGCAGUGGAUUUCA